AUGGCGAACACUAGGGAUGAACUGCUUGCAGAUGUUUAUGAUGACAGUGGAGAGUUCUUGCUGCCUGGAAAAGGCUCUGACGCUGGUCGCGAGAAGAUGCUGAAACAGGAAAACGAUGGGCUGAAGAAGCAACUCUGGUCCGCCAGGGGACUAAUCGAAGUGGUGACAAAGGGCGACCCUAGUGCUGUUGGUAACAAGCGCCUGAGGCUCGGCGGUGGAGGUGAUAGCAGCGAAGCGGCGAGCUCUUCGACGGCGAUCGCGAGGUCGGAGCUGGAAGAGAGCCGGGUGCUCAGGGAGAAGGACAAGCUGCGGUACGAGGUGAUGCUGCGGGAAGCCGAGGGGGAGAAGGGCAAGCUGCUCCGACAGGUAAAAUUUCUAACCCAGGAAGAAGAGGAGGCCCGUGCGGUUUUCGGCAAGAAGGCGGCGGUUUUGAUGGAAGAAAUUUCGUACCUUCGGGAGAACCUCAGCGCCGAGCGCGCCGCGCUGGAGGCGGCUAGAGCAGAGGGGGGGCACAGUGGUGAACAGGAACGGCAGAGGUACAACCGGAAGCUGAAGCGCGAGGAGGAGGCCAGGCGUGUCGCGGAGGAGAAGGCGGAGAGUCUCGAAGAGGCCGCUAAGACGUACGCCGAUGAGGUGGCCCAGUCGAGGAGACGAUGCCGGGAGGUGGAGGCGAAGAAUGCCGACCUCAGUCUUGAGGUAGCCGCGCUCCGGCGAAAGCAGGGCGUGGGGCUUGCCGCCGGGGGCCCCACAGAAGGAUCGGAAACAUCAGCAGGUGCCUCUUCGUCUUGGGACACCCCCGCGGCCCGCGAGCUUCGCGCCAAAGUGACGUCGCUCGAGAGAGAGGCGAGGAAGAGAGAGGCUGUGCUGCAGGGGCUGGAGAGCGACCGCAGGAACGCCAUCGCUCUCGAGGACGAGGUUGCCACGCUCAAGUCAACCCUAAAGCGCGCCGAGGACCGCCUCGCUUCCGCCGUGAAAGCCGAGACUGACAACGCCGCCAUCAAAGACGAGAAGGAGGAGUGGUCCCUCGUAUUCUCCCGGGCUCUCAACGAGGAGCAGAAGGCGGCGAGCCUGAGGCGUAUCAUAGGCCGGGAGCCCGCGGAGGCGGGGGCCGGCGAAGAGGAAGGGAAGGAAGGGGGGGGCGGGGCUAGGCCCACCCCGUUGGUGGCGCUUCGGUUGCUCCGGGAGGCUCAAGAGGAACGGUCGCUCGCGGUCAAGGAGCUGACAGCGCUGAGGCUACGCAACGAGCACAAUCACACGCGUCUGGCAAAGGUCGAGCAGGAGUUGAAGAACGAGAAAGAGCGCGGCGAGUCCGUCCACGCGCGUGCGGAAGAGAUGGAGUUGGAGCUGGACAAGCUGGAGAGGCGUUGCCGCUCGUCGGAGAAGGAGGUCGAGGCCCAAAAGGAGCUCAUCAACUCGUACGAGAGAGACACCUUCCGCAAGCCGGCGGGCGAGACCUGGCUCUCCGACCACGCCGCCCUCGAGUCGGCGCUGGCCGCGGCCAAGGAAGAGGCCGAGAGCCUCAGGAGGGCGGCGGAGGGGCAGGUUUCCGCGCUGGAGGCGGGGCGUCUCAGGGGGCGCGCGGCCAAGGCGGAGGCGGCCCUGGGGGAGGCGAUCGCCGGACGGGACCAAGCGAUUAAAGCUGCCGAGCGGUAUGGUGACGCGCUCGCCAUGGCUGAAAAGGAGGCUGCGAGUGGUACCGGCGGGCAGAAGGGGAAGGUGCUGCACUUUAAGGACAACCCAGCAGCCCGGGCGGCCGAAGCGGCCAAGAGAGAGACCAAAAAGAAGCUUGAAGCUCUCACGGAGGAGAACAAGCGCCUCGUGCAACAGCUGGAGUCGGUGGGGGCGGGAGGGAUGGACGCAUCAUCCUCUGAUGGGGUUUCGAUCCUAGGAGGGGGCUCCUCCGGGAUGAGGGGAGCGGACACCCCGGACGCGAAAAAGUUCAGCGUCCGACUGAAGGAGAUGUACAAGGAGAGGAUCAACUUCUACCGACAGAUGGUGUACCUCCUCACCGGGUAUCGGAUCGACCUGAUGAAGGACCCCACUCGGCAGAUGCUGCGGCUGCGGUCCAUGUACGCUGAGCAGGAGUCCGACUGCCUCGUGUUCCAGCAGAAGCCCCAGAGCGAGGGGGGUGGGCUGGAGCUAGUGGAGACGCCUCUCGCCGUGCAGCACAUGGACAAGAUCAACAUGUACCUUCGCAAGUGCGACUCCAUCCCGGCCUUCCUCAGCAGCCUCACCGCCGAGCUGUUCGAGAAGCAGACCUUUGUGGGGUUUGUGGGGUAG